GGGAGGCCAAGCUGGGGGCUGUGCAGGUGGGUAGAGGGGGUGGAUCUGAACGUGAAUGUCAAGGGGUUGCCCUCAGGACUGGGUGCCUCAGAGGAUGCGGGGUGCAGGGGAAAGGUGCCCAGGGCCGUCCCUGGGCUCUGGCUCGGGUGCCCGGGCCGACAUUCUGCAGGAAACAUGGGAUUCGACCGCUCCGUUUCUUCAGUUAGACCGCAUGCCUCAAGUUCCCUCACCAUCUGAAGGACUGGCCUCUGCAGUGUAGUGUCCCAGCUGGACGUGGCCUGCUCAGAACAGGCCUGUCCGCUCCCUCCUUCCGGAACCUGCGCUCCUACUAACACAGCCUGCACGGUUUGCCAGCCACUCCCCCAGGGACACACCCGGAGCGUGCCCCGAGUGGUCCCCGACGCAACGCGCGUGCUGUCCUCCUCUCGUGGAGGCAGAGAUGGAGGUAUUUAAGGUCUGCGAGGAGCCAGCGGGCAGCUUCGGAAGCCGCCCUGGUGGUGGCACCAGACCGACCUCUCACGCAGCCUGACCCCUGUGCCUUCCCCGCCACCUGCGCUGUCCAUGGAUUUUGUUGCUGGAGCCAUUGGAGGUGUCUGCGGUGUUGCUGUGGGCUACCCCCUGGACACGGUGAAGGUCAGGAUCCAGACGGAGGCCAAGUACACGGGCAUCUGGGACUGCGUCCGGGACACGUAUCACCGAGAGCGGCUGCGGGGCUUCUACAGGGGCCUCUCGCUGCCCAUGUGCACCGUGUCCCUGGUCUCGUCCGUGUCCUUCGGCACCUACCGCCACUGCCUCGCGCACAUCUGCCGGGUCCGCUACGGCAGCGCCGGCGCCAAGCCCGCCAAGACCGACAUCACGCUCUCGGGGUUUGCCUCUGGCCUCGUCCGCGUGUUCCUGACCUCACCCACCGAGGUGGCUAAGGUCCGCCUACAGACGCAGACUCAGGUGCAGCAGCGGCGGCAGCCCUCAGCCUCGGGGCCGUCGGUGCCCUCGGCCGUGCCUCCCACCUGCCCCGUGCCCCCCGCGGGUCCACUCCCCGGGCCCAGGUUCCAUGGGCCGCUGCACUGCCUGGCCACGGUAGCUCGGGAGGAGGGGCUGCGCGGCCUCUACAAGGGCAGCUCGGCCCUGCUCUUCCGGGACGGGCACUCCUUUGCCACCUACUUUCUCUCGUAUGCCAUCCUCUGUGAGUGGCUGACUCCCGCCGGCCAAAGCCGGCCAGAUGUCUCGGGCGUGCUGGUGGCCGGUGGCUGUGCCGGGACACUGGCCUGGGCUGUGGCCACCCCCAUGGACGUGAUCAAGGCGCGCCUGCAGGCGGAUGGCCAGGGCCGCCAGCGGUACCACGGCCUCCUGCACUGCGUGCUGACCAGCGUUCGGGAGGAGGGGCCGCGCGUGCUCUUCAAGGGGCUGCUGCUCAACUGCUGCCGUGCCUUCCCCGUCAACAUGGUGGUGUUCGUGGCUUACGAGGCCGUGCUGAGGCUCACGCGGGGCCUGCUCACAUAGCUGGUGCCCCACAACCACCCCGGGGGGGGGGGCGGCGCCAACCUGCCAAGAGCUCCCAGGGGCCCCUGCAGGAGCUAGAGGUGGCGGAGGGGAGUGCGAGGGUCUCGACCCAGGGUGCUACUACCCCCCAGCACGGCCAGGGCCUCCCCGCCCGGAGGCAGGCACAAGGGGAGGUACGGGGACCCGCCUGGCCACAGCCAGGUUGACCUGAGGGUCAAAGCCAGAAAGGGGCGGGGAUACAGAUGUGUUAGCUUGGGGCCGUCUGUGCAUUUGGUUGGUGGGGCCAUCCCCGGCUUCCCUUCCAGGCUUUCCCCGCCGCCCCGUGUCCUCAGGGCGCCCCUGCGUCCGCCUGACACCCACUCCUGGACCCCACCCCUCCUCAGUCAGCUCUCCCCGCUGUGCGGGCUGCCCUGCAGGCCUGGGACCCAGGCACAGCUGUCGGGCGCCCGCCUGCUCGGUCCCUGCACCAGGCAGACCCGGGAGCUUUGUGUGAGGUCUGGUCCCCCUUGUUCUGUCUGCAGAGCCAGGACUCAGCGGGCAGCUGUUGCUAAUAAAACAUUUUUCUCAGGCUG